GAAGAGAGUGUGGAAAUUACAGACAUAGCUUCUAUCUGUUCCUUACUGUAGCAGGAUUCUCGUUAUAUUAUAUAUCCAUAUUCUGCCGCACCUUGCAUGCAAUCGGGCAUCAUUUCGACGCGAUGCGUAAUGUCAAUGCGAAGAAGGACGAUAUUAUUACGAUGAAAUAACGAAGAAAAGGCUACGAAUGGAAUAUCAACACUGCGAGUCAGUGCACCAGUGUUAGCAAAAUUGUAGCGUAUCUCUCCGGAAUGUUUAUGUUAUUGUGUUGUGCGAGCUAGUUUUAAGAUUUGCCUAAACGAGGGUCGCAGACAAGGGUCGGGACUUGGAGUAUUAUGGUAAAAUGAAGCGACCAAGAGAGCAGCGACACGGACAACCCGGGCGCGAUGUGCACAUGGACCUCUAAGAGGAAUCCCCCGGAUCACUAAACGUUCAGGCACGUUUAACCUGUCACGUUUAAGCUACAGCAUUCUCUUCCCAUCUGGCACCCGGGGCGCUGGUCCAUACUCUACCCAGGUCUUUUGUUGAUAAUGGUUAUAUCUUUGGUCAUCUCUGGAUUUGAAUAAACCCGUCUAUGAUGACAGUUGAUAUCGCGUCUCCUGGGAAUAGGAACGGAGUCUGAUUGUCAGUAGGCUAAUUACCUGUUCAGAUCACCAUGCGGAUUUGUCUGUGGAUAAGGGCAAUCUACAGUGCCACAUUUGAACACAAGAGUGCGACUGAUGUUUAAUAUACAUAGGAUCUAGGACUAGGGCUGUCAACCGGUUUGUUUAUUAUUUCGGGUAAACUCACACCACGCUGUUCUGUGAGAGAGAGUAUGCUACAACUUGUAUAAGACGGAUUGGCAGCACGUAUAAUAGACAAACUGCUAUUUUUAAAGUUGGGCGUCUUUUGAUUCUUGCCGCGGCAGCCGCUCCGCUGUUUUAUUCUGGGGCAUGAUCCUUGUGUAAGAAGUAUCUGAAAUAAUCAGCGUCGUGGUAUCAGCCAAGCUACAGCAAAUAGGGAUUUGUGUAGAUUAUCGCAGGACUGCUAUUUUGUUCCCUGGGUUACACAGUGACUGACCCGCGAUUUCGGAUAGGUCGGUUUCAAUGCCCAAGCCCCCACCUCCGAAAGCGAGUAUAUUUAGUUAGUUAGGGGAGGUAUUAUUCUUUUUUUCAAGGAGUUUGUCUCCGAUGUAAACUAUUCAUUGCAAGGUAAAGAAGGAAACGAAAGUCUUAUUCUAGGAAAAGCUCAAUCUAUAGCAAUGAAUGAAGCGUGUCUGGAGCUUGUAUAUGAACAAAACAGGCGCGUCAAAGUAUGUAGGCCUAUUUUCCCGAGACUAAAACAACUUGUCUACAGUGUCGGUAAAUGGAUACACUAAAAAGGGACUAAAGGACUUUACAUCUCGAUAUCAUCCAUCAAUGGUUAGGUUUGACACAAUUAUUCCAGUUAUCUACUAGCCUACUUCAGUAAAACGAACGGAUUACGAGCACCGGUCCGGUAACUCUUCUAUUCUGCAGCCGGUAAGCGGAUGAUGUUUGAGCGAGGAUGCUGCGCUUCCCUGUGAAGAAAAUUCGGAAGCAGUUCAAACUCCUUCUACUGCUGGUUCUGCUCACUUUCGCCGUGUGGUUCACCUACCUACACAUCAACCAGGGCAAAGCUAUCAAACUCCACUUUAACUACGGGAAAGAUGGGGAGAGGCAGACUGAGGGGACAGAUGUCAGCCGCAAGAGAGAUGCUCGCUCUUCAGCCAGCCACCGCAAAACUGAGGACACCAGUGACAGUCAUGAGGACGAUGCAGGCGAGGAUGACCCGAAUGCUGAUGGAGCUGACGCCAGAGAGCACGCCCACAUUAGGACAUUUCUCAGCCAGCACCACAAGAAGUUGACCUGGAUACCUGAGUUCAAAGGGCAAGCCAACCUCCAUGUGUUUGAGGACUGGUGUGGCUCAUCUGUAGCCCAGCUCCGAAAGAACCUGCACUUUCCCUUGUAUCCUCACAUGAGAACUACAGUGAAGAAGCUAGCUGUGGCUCCAAAAUGGAAGAAUUAUGGUCUCCGAAUAUUUGGCUUUCUCCACCCCUAUAGAGAUGGUGAUUUCCAGUUUUCGGUGUCAUCAGAUGAUAACUCUGAGUUCUGGCUGAGCACUGACGAGAGCCCUCUCAAUGCCAGACUGCUGGUCUACGUUGGACAACUGGGGACUGAGUGGACUGCUCCUGGGGAGUUCAGCAAGUUCAGGUCCCAGUCUUCAAAGUCAGUGCACCUAAUUGCAUCCAGACAAUACUACUUUGAGAUCCUUCACAAGCAAGAUGACAAGGGGUCAGACCAUGUGGAAGUUGGGAAAACGGGGGAGGUGUGGUUCAUAAAGCAGGAUUUGAAAACACGAGAGAAACAAAAAAGAAAGUGGUGGCGUCCAUUCCUGCCAGGUCUGAAGUAUGAAGUUAUUGACUCUUCCUACAUCUCCCUCUACACAGAUGAGUCUACCCUGAAGAUGAACAGUGUUGAUCACAUCCCCCAAACACAAGCCAGUCACAGUAGACUCCCUCUAGCAGACAAACGUGGUCACUUCAGCACCGAGCAUGGAGCAGACAUGCUCAAACCGGACCCCCGAGACACUUUCUACAGCACCCCUUUGAUCGAGGCAUCUCGUCUGGAGAAUGUGCUGCCGGCUUGUCUUUACUCCCCAACCUACGUUGUCAAAGACUUCCCCAUCGCCAGAUACCAAGGCCUACAAUUUGUGUACCUUUCCUUUGUCUAUCCCAAUGACUUCACACGUCUGACACACAUGGAAAGAGAGAACAAGUGUUUCUACAGGGAGUCCCCUAUGUACCUGGAGAAAUUUGGUUUCUACAAAUACAUGAAGAUGGAUGAGGAAGAUGAUGAUAGACCCUUCUUCUUCCCUAACCCAGACGAUUUCCCAGAAGAUGAGGACGGCGUGGACCCAGAAGAUGAGGCAGAGAUUGUAGGCACCCAGUCACCAAAGAAGACCGCUAGGCCCAGCUCACCAGCAAAGAGGAUGUCCCACCCCAGCCUAUCGAGUCACACCACCAGGCCCUCCUCCCACCACUCAGGCCCCACUCUCAGAGAAAGAGAGGGGUAUGGGGAGGUGAGCAUGGUGAUCCAAAGGGAGAAGAGACACUUCCUCCAGCGCGAUGGACAGGCAGGCAUAGACAGAGAGUGGGACAAGGAUAAGCCGAUGAGAGUGAAAGGACAGACAUUUAGGAGAGGACUUCUAGAGAUGCAAGAGGCAUUGAGCGUGGAGUCGGCCGAGCUGCCCCCGCGGUUGGACAACAUGGUCCACGGUCGAUCCCUCACCUGGAUCCGGACAGGCCCCUCCAAGCUAGGGCCAGGGGGUGCGGGCAGAAAAGUCGGAGGUCGAGGAGGUGCUGUGGGGGAGACCCCUCCCAAACUUAGCAAGUCAUCCCUUCUCUUCCCCCAGAAGACCUCUCUCUCGGCCCUCGCCAGCCGUGCCAAGCAACUCCUCGGUAACUCCGCCCACUUCAACAACAACAUAGCCAAUCUCCAGGACAAUGAUGACCAUUACCGCAGUGACCAUGACAAGGGAAAAAAGGACGAGAACAAAAUCUACAUCACCAGGCCGCGGUCUGGAAAAGAUAGGGACCGGGAGAAGGAGCAGAGGAGGGCUGAGAGGGCAAGGGGCCCAUCAUCCCAUCAUCCCAGAGAGGUCUUCCCAGGGGUUUUUCUGUACCAAAGCGGAAAGACCACCAAGCUGGUCAACCUCCAGCACACUCAACUCAGGGGGGCGGAGUUGGGGGGAGCCAGGGGCAGGCGGCUAGUCAGUGCCCCACAACUCUGGCCCAGACUGACUCUGAGAGAUGGUAAAGCUCCACUAAUCGACACUCACUCCAAUGCUAGCAUUAGCAGACAGGGCACAGUUCAACGCGCUGCCAACAGGGCAACAGUAGAAAGGCUCCUGGACAGAGAGAAGAGGAGAGCAGGGGGAAGGGGAGGACAGGGGGAGAUCCAGGCACCUCCAGAGAGAGAAUCCCACGCUGCCCCAUUUCCACAUCAUCUUCAACCCCCUCCCCCAACUAUUCCCCCCAACUCUUCAGAGAACACCCUUCCUAUGGAGAAGAGGCUGGAAUCCAGUUUAGAAACCAGGGUUACGUCAUACCUUAAAACCUCAGAGAUCACAGAGUCCCAGCAACAACCCUCUGAUCCAGACCAAGAACCCUCAGAGCCCAACCCAGAUGUGAACCGUUCUAAUGCAGACCCAGAACCAGAGGAGGGUGGUGUUUCUGACUAUAGUUAUGAAGCUGAAGAGGCACGUCCUGGCUGGGCUGAGGAGAGCAUCAACUGGCAGAGGACAUUUUCGGUUAACCCCAUGGACUUUGAGCUGCUCCGCUCUGACUGGAAUGACCUCCGCUGCAAUGUGUCCGGAAACCUGCAGUUGGCCGAGAGUGAAGUGGUGGAUGUGCUGGCACAAUAUAUGGAGAAACUCAAUGAGCGCAAUGGAGGGAUCUACACCCUCCUGCGAAUCAUCAACGUGGAGAAGCGACGAGAUUCAGCACGGGGAAACCGCUACCUAGUUGAGCUGGAACUGAUGGAGCGUGGCCGGAACGUAGUGCGUCUCUCUGAGUACAUCUAUCUGCUUCUCCACCGCGGCCGGCUGGGCGAGGAUAGCCUGGAGAACACAGAGUUUGCACCCGCCUCAGCCCCUGCAGGUUCCCCCUCACCCGGUCGAACCCAAGCCACCCCCGCACCCCUUGCAUCGACCCGCGCCCCUUCCCAUCCCGGGGUCACACCGUGGGGCACGGCUUAUGCCAAACCCCUGCUGUGCCAGCCCGUGAUGCUGCAGUGGAGGAAGGAUGUUAUGGUGCAUUUUGUGGUUCCAGUAAAGAACCAAGCUCGCUGGGUGCAGCAGUUUAUCACCGAUAUGGGCGAACUGCACCGGCAAACCAAGGAUGACAACUUCAGCAUCAUUAUUGUGGACUUUGAGAGCACCGAUAUGGAUGUGGAGCAGGCUCUCAGAGACAGCGCUGUGCCUAGGUAUGAGUACUUGAGGAGAGAAGGGAACUUUGAGCGCUCGGCAGGACUACAGAUUGGUGUGGACACUAUCGAGACUGAGCCCAGUUCAACUGGCUAUUUCUAACUAAAGAAUGCAGAUAAAAAUGUCCCCAAACAGUGAUUGAAUCAGAGUAAUGUGACUUAUAGGAACACUUUUCAUGUCCAAAUGUUGAAAAAGGCAACUACAACAAAAAUGAAUUGUUAGGUUUUGGGCAAAUGAUAUAAUUGGGAAUAGGGUUAGAAUUAGGUUUAUGCAUUAUCAGUUAGGGUUAGGCAUUAAGGCUUGGUUAAUUUUAAGAAUAAAUGUUAGGUUAUUGAUGGUAGAGUUUGGUUGAGGUUUAUGUAUGUAUGUGUACCUGUCUGUCUGACCGUCUUUUUAUUUCUUUCAAAACAUGAUGUGUAUCCUUUACACAGGUAAGUAGGGUUGACCAUCAGCCGUUCUUUUCCUGAGCUGGGCAGUUAACUCUCAUUAUUCCACCUGUUCUCUCCUUUCACCUGUAAAAGUUUUGUGUCAGAAGUCAAGAUCACGUUUGAACUUGGUGUGCAAACUGACAAACAUCCUCUUUUCCUAUUUCUGCCUCUCUACUCUCACUCUCUCUCAUUCUCACUUUCUGUGCAACAGGGAUUUUGGCAGACAGCAAUCUAUCAUUGGAGUGUCAUGACUGUCACCCAUGCCUUCUCUCUCUCCCUCUUAAUCUCUCUCUCAAUGCAACAGGGAUUUGGGUAAACAGUUAUCUGUCAUUUGAGUGGCAGGUCUGUCGCAUGGGGAAAUCCAGGAUGUCAAUCACUGCUGAAUGGCUGGUGGUGUUUGGUGGCAAACCACUUCAUACACACAUAGACAGGCAGACAUGUUCUUCACCCACCCCCCUCUCUAUCUUGAUUUGUACGCUUUGGUGCAAGAAUAUUGAAAUUGCAAGACAACUGGAUGUUAAUAACUGGUUUUACUAUAUUAGCUAAACCCGGGGAUUCUAUUCAUGUCUCUGACUGCCGUGAACUUAUUGACCUCAUCUGAUGCGUGUUUUUUAAGCCAGUCAUAAUGUGAUAUGAUGAAAUUAGGGUGACCAAUAAGAAAUCUGUGUCUAAACACAUAUGAACAUUGCAACUGUUUGAGAAAAAAAAUGACAUGCUCUGUAAGCUAAUAAGGUAUGUACUGAAUAAUGUAUCACCAGGAUGCAACAAUGUUUUAGCUGAGGCGACAUCAAUGCAUUUCCGCUUAAACAGUUUGAUAAGACCUUACAGAUAUUAGGGCAGCAAUCUGCCUAGAACCUUUUACCAGCUCUAUGUUUGACGUCUACUCCUGACCAUGUGUGAUAUGAAGCAGAGUUUUUCUCUGUGUCAUUGAGUUAUUCCAUUGUUGCAGGUAGGUAUUUUGUAUAUUUUGUGUGUCACAUUCUUUUCCAGGGAAACCGUUCCUCACGACAGUGUUUGCGACGGUACACUGUUCCUUCUGCGAUGCAGACGUUGCUCAGCGUCAGCUCGCUGGAUGAUGAUUGCUGGCCUGGAUUCUGGCCUGGAUUCUGGGUCUCAUGCUCUCAGUGUUGGUAGUGGUCUUGCUGACCUGUUGAUGGUAUUUAAUUUCUUAUAGCUGAGUCUGGAUACAUUUCAAAUGCAGUUCCUUGUAACUGACAACCUCGGGCUGCAGCUGCUGUUGGGUGCAGCACAGAGAAGACUGUGGGAUACCAAAUAGCUCAGCUGGUGACAGGACGUUGUCAAACUGGAUUGUUGAGUUACACAAGGAGACUGAGGUACGGAUAUCUCUGCUUUUGCUUUGUCCAAGCAAGGACUUUACUUUGAGUGUAAUCGGGACUUGUGGGGUGACGUGUGUAAACUUGGGCAUUAGCGAAGGAUUCCCAUGACUCUUUCGAUUUAUAAAAUGGCCCAUUGUCAGAUAUUAAAGUCUGCGAUGCCGUGGCUGGCAAAGACUGCUUUCAGCUUGUGGAUCACAGUUGCUGAAGUGGUGCUGAGAGUUUUGCAGAGUUUGAAGUAUCUGCUGUGGUUUAGUUGCUUCAACCUACUCCAGCCUACCUGGGAUACAGUAGGAUAUCACUUCUUUGGUGUUUGAGUGGUGUCCCAUGCUCUUUGUAUGAACUUUUCAAUGCCCAACGAUCCAAUGUAGAUUCAUGUCACCUCUUCCCUGAGUUCAUGUUCUUCAUUGCUGAGUUUGUGGUUCUGGCGGUGUCCUAAGUAGUUAACUUAUUGGCGCCGACUGUGCUCUUCUGCAGGUUGAGCCGGACUUCUUUCUGUGAGUUUGGUAGUCUAGAUGCCUGCUCUAGCAUCCAUGACACUGAAGUAAUUUAAUGCUGCUAGCUUGUGUGUGAUCUCAUCUAGCAUUGGUAAGGGCUGGUGUGGGGUUUGAAGGCCUUGUUCAAAUAUCUGGGGUUGAUAUAAUCUGAACUUGCCUGUGCAGGGUUUCUCUACUAGUAUUAAGCCGUUGACUCAAUCUAUUGGCUCUUUAACAGGGCCAGGCACAGACAUUUCAGAGGGUAGGCAAAAAAUAGGGACAAAAGGUCCUUAAUGCCGGAUUGUUCCAUGUUCUCCAGCUCUUCCUUCAAACAGAGAUCAAGGGGAAUUAUUUUGGUGGGUAGACCCCAGGGGUUGCGUUUGGGUCAAGGUCUAAAGUGCAUCCUUGUGGGAAUAGUCUGAUCCCUGUAAGUACAUCAGCAAUCAUGAUAAAACUAACUUGCUGAGGUCCAUAUCUAGACAUGCUUUCCUACCUUAAUGCUUUAGUGUCAACAUUAUAAACUUCUAACAUCAGGUCACUGUGCUUGUAUUUGCAUUUGAGAGUACAUGUGCCCUUUACUGUGAGUUGUUCACCACCACAACCAGCCUGUUUGUGUUGGGCAGAAGUUUACAUUCAGAUGUCAAGCUGGGAUACUCACUCAGAGGGAUAACUUUCACUUGUGCACCAGAGUUCAGUUUAAUGGUAGCUCUGCUCUUUCUGUUCCUUUCACAAUGUCAGCAGAGGCUUUUUCUCUGAUGUCUGACUUUUGGAUCAAUGAACAGUUCAGCAUUAGCCUCUUUGAUUUUAGUGUUCUUCACUGUGCACUCCUUUCUCUGUUUGCCUUUAACUCUGUUUUCCAUGCAUGUUGUAUCCACAGUAUCUGAAUGUUUUGGGGCAUUUUGUGUCUCUGUGAAUCUGAUUUCUAGUUCUGCCUUUCUCCCUUCUAAAAUGCACUCUUUAAGCCCUGGCUGUGCUUUGAUGUCAGUCUGACUGCGUGAACUGCUAGCUCAUUAGAGGCUCUUGAGCUGCCAUUAAAAAAUUUUUUUAUCCAAGCCUGUGCUAGCUUGUGAGAUCUGACCAUGCCAAUUGCCUUGUUUAGUGUUAUCUCAGACCCAACAUUCAAAACUUUGUCUCUUACUUGUGGUGAGUGAAUUCCAAAAACCCAUCUUGGGCUAGUUUGCAUUAUCAGUCUUUCACAAGCAACAAACUGUUCAAAAUUGUUGCUAGCUUUUUCUACCUUGUAUAAAUCAUAUUGGUCUUUGGCACAGCAUAAGCUGUUACAGUCAACCUCGGUAAGCAUCCAUUUGUUGCAAAUGUCUCGUCCUUUUUUCUCCAAUCCGCAGGAGCACUUGACCUCACUUCCUCAUGAGAAUAAUUUGAAUGUAGGACAACAAGAUCUUAAUAACUGGCUUUACUUCAUUGGCUAAACCCAGGGAUGCCUAUACAUGUCUCUGACCCCGGUGAACUAACUGACCUCACAAUCUGCAUGAUUUAUUUAAACCAAUAAUUAUACAAUAUGAUGAAAUGAAUGUCAUUAAUGACAAUCCGUUAUGUAAAUACAUCAGAAUGUUAUACCACUUACCAACACACACACACUUCAGUAGAAUCAAUUGAAAUAUGAGUUUCUGGAGGUCUGCUUUUGCUUAGAAAGUGGAAGAAAUAGAAAGUGUUUUUGCUUAAGGAGCAGUUGGCUGAAGCCCUACAUGUGCACUGGUGGCUUAGGACCUUACACCGUGCGGUGUGUACUUUAGUUUUGAUUACAGCGUGCAGCUUGGCCGUUUGUUUACACAGGACAACCACAGUAUUGUGUUCCUGUGCGACCUUCACAUCCAUUUCCCCCUCAACAUCCUGGAGAGCAUCAGGAAGCACUGUGUGGAGGGACGUCUGGCCUUCGCUCCAAUCGUCAUG